AUGCUUCUCAAAUACCUCAACUGUGCAGCAGCCGCUGCGGCUGUGGCCAUCACCCCUCAACUGUCAGAACAAGACAUGAAGACAGUAGAACAGGUCUGGCCUGAAGCUGCCCAGACGCCCAUGUCUGCCGCUCUCUCUCGGGCCUUGACAGUGCCUUGCCCCAAAUGCCCCGGCGAGAAUGCCGAGCUGCACUUUGCUUUUAAUAUUCAAAAGAGCACAAAACUUGCACUCAACGGCUUUGAGGUGUACCCCGACGCUGACCCGUUCCACGGCGACCUCCAAGCAAGGCUUUACGCUGACGGUGGCCCCAAUGAGUUGCAAAAGCUUGGCUACAGCAUCGCCACCGUUCCCUUGACCCCAGCCGACCCCGAAAGCCGCUUUCAGGUUGUCGAUGUCACUCUUCGAGUUGUUGAAGUUGGAUCCCUCUUUGUAGAUGAUCUUCCCACUAUUGUUGUUCGCAUGGUAGAGUUACCAACUGGCGAGACCUUUAUUGGCAACAUUGAGACGCUGGACCAAGUCAAGGACACUUGCACCUCUGCGCUCUGCCGCCUUGGAGAAAAAUUCGACUUGCUAUGGGAGAGCUUUGAGGAGCUUAAGAGCGUCAAGUUUUGGGACUGCACCGCUGGUGACAGAUCUUGCAUCCGCCGCAUGGCGUGGUCCAUUAGCGGAACAACCUCCAUGGAUCGUUUGAGUGGUGACAAGAUCUCUACUCAGGGCCAAAAGAUUCUUGGUCGCCCCCGAGAGUGGUCAAGACUCAUCAAGCAGGUUUCGUCUUAUGUAUUUCUCCCUGUACUUUUUGGAAUUACUGGCGGUAUUCUCAUUGCCUGCUUCUUUGUAUUUAUCAGCACCGUGCGACGAGUUGUGUUUGGAAAGCGACAGCGCCGUGCAUGGUACGAGCGCAGAAAACGAGGCUCUCGUUCAGUCGACGAAAAAGUCGGUCUCAUGAGCAGCCACCAGGAGCAGCAGCAGCCAAUGUGCUAG